CCUAAGGGCAAAUAUUUUAAUACCAAAUACAUAGUACAGUAUAUACCAAAUAUUUUAAUACCAAGGAGUUGCUGUAUGACCACAUGGAUUUAGAGCAUCGGGUAAUCUGUCCGAUUUGUGGAAUGCGUGCGAGAGAUUUAACUGUGACAUGCGAUACUUGGGAGCUGUGAAUACAGUAAAUCACGGGCAAGACUCGCGUGGUCACCGUUUAGUUCUUGAGAUUAGAGUGAUGGGUCGAAAGUAUUCUGAUGAACUACUGUACUGUAUUGUAUUGUAUGCAGCUAUUAUCUUAUCGGUCGCGUAGUUGUGGGAGAACAGGAAUUUUUCUUUAUCUGGAGGUUUGAAAGAAACUGAUUUGCCUUGAAAGCGAAUUCCCAUGAGCCCAUAUUUAAAUCCGUGUUCAGAGUAGGACAAUAUUCUCGUUGUGGGACGGAACGUAUUCAAACUCCGCCGUAUUUUUAGGCGUGUGGUGCAAAGCUGGAAGUGAUCGUGUCCAUUUGUUCAUAGCUGAUCAUAGGUUUCGGAUGCAUGUCCUAGUUUAACUUCUUACGAUCCUUCUUCUGUGUGUGGACGAAUUGCUGUGAUCCGAGGGCAUUUAUCUGUGUCCGAUUUUUUGUUCAUGUUUCAUUUCUCCUGACGUUAGACGCCGAAUAUGAAUCAUGAAGAAAUCCGGGCGAUGGGAGGCAUGGGGCAUAUGAUGAAGAUGUACUUCCAUGGAGGGUUUACCGAAGUCAUAUUAUUCGAUAACUGGCGGAUUAGUUCAUUGGGUGGUCUUAUUUGGUCGAUGGUGAUAAUUUUUUUUCUGGCAGUUUCGUAUGAAGGAUUGAAGUUUAUAAGGGAUCUUAUUUUCAAGAAAUCCAUAUCCCAUCAGCUUCUCGUUAUACGAGGUGAUGCUGGCCUGGGUCAGCAUCCGGAAACUCGUUUGAAGGAAUCCAAAGGUUUAUGGCUCAAGCAAGUCAUGACUCCAAUGCACCUUGUCCAGUCAAUCCUGCACAUGGUUCAGUUUGUUAUCAGUUACUGGUUGAUGCUGAUAUUCAUGACGUACAACGUAUGGCUUUGUUUGGCCGUCACGAUUGGCGCUGGGGUUGGAUAUUUUCUCUUCGGUUCGCAACGUUCCCUGGACGUCUCCGAUCAUUGUGGGUAGUUGUUUUGAAGUGGCUGAAAUAUUUCAGAAGCCUCUUGUGCACAAUUGCAAAUUCAUCGUGGAAAGUGAGUAAUUAUUCUCAACGAAAUUUAAAGCUAACGGGGUGUUCGUGUACAGUAUUUAUUUUUUACGGAAAAGCACGCAGUUUUUUCUUUCGAUGUGUCAUCCUACUCAGACAUCUUAUCCCUGUGUAGCAGCGAACUUCUCGAGUUGUUUUUCCUUCCUGUUCUGAGGCAGAAAUGUUAAAUUUUUUUUAUGUGAGUUCUGAUUUUUUUGACGGAAAAUGUUGUGAGCAAAUGUUCAUUAUUGGAUUAACUACAGGUAAGUCCAGAGGGUAUUUUACGCGUGUAUGUUGGCAUUAUUCCGGAAUGUCGAGCUUCCAGUUCUAGUGUCUGUCCACCGUUGGCGUGUCACCCGUAUUCACUUUUGUGAUGCAAUUUUGUAUGGUUCCAUGUGCUCAAAUUACUGUAAGGGACCGCAGUGCAAUUAUCUGGAAUUUCGCUGUACAUCACAUGAAAUUGUGCCAAUUUUCACGAGUGCCGGGAAGUUAUUUUUGUCGGGAAGGACUUUUUACUGAAAACGAAGUGCAACUUGGAGUUAUUUUCAAGA